AUGAACACAGAGGAUGUUGGGAAUGAGACCUCUCCAACACCUAGUAUCCUUGGAUUCCUUGUAACCACCACCAAGUUGGUCCCACUAAGUCCCAUGCCCCCAGGGGAGAAGCCAGACCCUUUGCCUAUUAUCAUCGCACUCAUCUGCAUCUUUCUCCUCCUGGCUACCUGUCUCAUCUUCAUCACUCUCUGCAAACCAACAGCACUCGACCAGGCCCGCUAUGGGCCACACGAGUGCAUGCCCUACCACCCAGAGGAUGCCAGUGAACCACAGCUAAGGUUCUGGAAGCGACUGGGCUCCCUAAGGCGUUCCAUAAACAGCUUCAGGCGGACCCAGCCUGUCUCCCAGUGCCAUCGGACCUGCUCAAGGAUGCCACCAGCCACCCAGGACUGGGACUUCAUGGAGUCCACUAAAAUGUGA